GAAAAGGAUCGAACUCGUUGUACACACGCGCGCUACCGCUUGCAUCUCCUCAGCACACACCACUGUUAACAGAGCCAGAUAUUCAGCCGUCAAGUGAAAAAGAUGGAGACGACCAAAUCGCCUUCCUCCACCACUGCGGUGACCCGCAACAGCAAAGACCGUGCGACCUCUCCGAUGGCGUCUCUCCCCACCAACACAGCCGCCAGCACCGCCCCAGCAAAGCAGGCAUCCCUCUCGGUCAUGCGGAGCCCAUCGGGCAGUCCCCUGCCGACCAUCGCGCUGGACGCGGCCACGGUGGCCCUCAUAAAAGAAAAUGAGCAGAUGUUGCAGACCAUCACCGUCCUGCAGCACGAGCUGGAGAAGCAGAAGGUGCGGCUCAGCGAUGCAGAAGAAGCGCGGGCGAGCUUGGCGAACGAGGUGGCGGACCUGCGCAACGCACUGGGUCUUGCCGCCAGCGAGGUCAACUCCUCCACCGGAAAGGUGCUGAACUAUAAGACGGCCUACCUGGACAUGCAGGACGCCUAUGACAAGUUGAAGAUUGAUUCUGAGGCGACGAAGAACAAGUUGGAUGAGGCUACGGCACGCGAGCGGUUGAUGUUGAACAUGCCCAACACCGCACGCCAGCAGACGCAACAGAAGGAGUCGUUUGAUCUCGUAAGCAAAUCCAUGCAGAUGCCGAAUGUGUUUCUUGCCUUGAUCCAGAACAUCGUGGCGAAGCUGGACGGGCCGGCGGUGAGCCAGGCAGACCGGCGGAAGAAAGUGAUGGGCGACAUCGAGCGCCUGCAGUCGAAUGUGGAGAAGUACAAGCCGACUGAGAAGGCGGCGAUGACGGCGGAUGUCGCGCCGCAGGUAGAUGUGCCAAUUCGCCAAUGUGUCUAUGGCUUUUUGGAGGUCAUCAUGAAACUCCUCAACGACGAGAUUCGUCCGUAG